AUGGCAGAUAUCUAUGGUGGUCGCGUGCUUGCAGGUGAAGACAGCGAAGAGGACGACGAGGAUGAGGGAGAAAUGAGGUUUCAAUUCAAUGGUUUCGGGUCGCAGUCGUCCCCGGCAGCAUCUCGCUUUGCAACGCCUACAAUUGCAGUGGCAUCAGCUGGAGAAGACAAUGAAGAAGAUGAAGAAAAUGAUGAAGAGGAGGAAAAUGAAAUAUUGAAGUUGAAGCUGGAAGAAAAGACGAAGGACGUGCAAAAAGAGGUGACACACGAGGAGGACAAGACACGAGAGACCGAACAAGCAACUAAAAGAGAUUUUGACAGUUUAGGGACCAAACAAAAGCUGUGGCACGUAGACGAGUCUGUCAACGGUGUUGAAGUCAUGAGCGCCGCCCUUGUUGAGACAGUGCAGCCUUCGCUGGACGCGACGAUAUGCCGGAUAGCCGAGUUGAAGGAGAGUCAGCAGCGGCUGCUAAUGAUGCUGACUGAACAGAAUAUUGGCCUUAAGUCGAACAAGCAAUUAGAAGAUGCAGCUAUCGUGCUGGAGAAGCUACCGUUCUAUGCGAAGAAAUUGCAGGGUAUCAAGCUGGCUAUGCAAGAGAUUUCGAAUUCCACAGAAAAGAUGAAGCACCGUUCCGAAAGCCUACGGAUCGACGCACAGUCUUAUGCGAUCAAGAAAGAGAAUAAGCGAGACGCACAAUCGCAGUGGAACAAGCUGUACGCUGCAAGGAGUACAUCAGCGCAGUCUUAG